CCAUAUGCUGUGAGUGUGGCCCUAAAAAGCAAAAAAAAAAAAAAAAAAAUAGCCUGCUAAUAACACUCUCAGUAUAAAUGAGGCUUGUUUCAUAAGUGACUUGAUUAAACUGUGGUGAUGUAGGAAGAAAAUUGUUAGAAAUAAUUGAAUAGAACCAAAAGGUAGGCAUAUAUAGUGUUGGGUAAUGGAUGAAAGAAUGGGCUUUAAAUAUUUAAAUCCUAGAUUUAAAUUCCAGCUCCUUACUUUACCGGUUUUUGUAAGCAUGAGCAAAUUAUUUAAAUACUUUAAGUCUUAGUUUUGUUACCCAUAAAAUAAAGUAAUAGCAUGUACAUCAUAGAGUUAUGAGGGUUAAAUGAAAUAUUACAUGUAAAAUAUUUACAAAUAUAAGGCCUGCAGUAAAUAUUAGUUAGUACUAAUCAUCAUCAUUACUGUCCACUGUAGGAGUUCUCAGCCUGAAGUUGACUGGAACAAUCAGUUAAUGAGUAUUUAUCAAGUACCUGAUCUCUAGUAUUGGACUUAGACCUAUAAAAGGAGCUACUGCUGGGAAUGACAGGGUGGUACCUAGAGGUAGAACAGAGAGAACUAAUACUUGUGGAGUUCUCACCACAGGGUUCAGCAGCAGGGCAGGUAUUAUUCCCAUUUAUAGAUGAGGAAGCUGAGGCUUGGUGAUGUUAAGUAGCUUGUUCAAGAUCAUGGACUGUUGUUGAGUCCUGCUUCUGCUAUUUAAUUAGCUGGGUAGUCCAAGUAAGUCACUUAAUUUUGAACUAUGGAGUUAUUGACAAAGAGAAAUUUAUGUUAAUUUGCUUCUAAUUUUGAAUGUAUUUACAUGUUCUUCAGUGUCAGAAAUAUACAGAUAUAUAUAUUCUUCUAAUCUUUACUAGUGCUCCUGUUUUGAGAUCUUUAUAAAGCCCCCCUAAUUCCUUCAGCCUUCAGAUUUUCCAGUCCACCUUAGAAAUUAUCAGAAAUUUUGUUGAUAGUAGGAUUGAACAAUAAAGGGUUAAAAUUAAAGCUCAUGGUGUGUGUGGCUGUGUUGAAAUGGUAAGAAGUGGUUUAUGGGAAUAAAUAUAGGGUCACAAUGGGGACUAAUUAUUCUUUAGGGUCUCAAAGAGGAAUUAAAUGAUGCUUUUGAAAGUUACAAAAGUUGGAUCAAAUUGGAUGACUAAGGGAUGUGUGUUCAGAGUUUUCCCUAAAAACUCAGUUAUUUACUUGUCAAACCAUCCUGUCUUUCUCUAGAAAUUGAUUGGCCUUCAAAUAUGAGUAAGAGGAUUGGGAUAAACAAACCUGUAUCCUGGAUGUUUAUUUGGAAAGAAAAGACCUCAGGUGGUAGUCGCUCCUCUAAAACGUUUAAACCAAAGAAGAACAUUCCAGAGGGUUCUCACCAGUAUGAGCUCUUAAAGCAUGCAGAGGCUACCCUUGGCAGCGGAAACCUGCGGAUGGCUGUCAUGCUUCCUGAGGGGGAAGAUCUAAAUGAAUGGGUUGCAGUGAACACUGUGGAUUUCUUCAAUCAGAUCAACAUGCUUUAUGGAACAAUCACAGAUUUUUGCACAGAAGAAAGUUGUCCAGUGAUGUCAGCUGGCCCAAAAUAUGAAUAUCAUUGGGCAGAUGGAACAAACAUAAAGAAGCCUAUUAAGUGCUCUGCACCAAAGUAUAUUGAUUAUCUGAUGACGUGGGUUCAGGACCAGUUGGAUGAUGAGACAUUAUUUCCGUCAAAAAUUGGUGUCCCAUUCCCGAAGAAUUUCAUGUCUGUGGCAAAAACUAUACUCAAACGCCUCUUUAGGGUUUAUGCUCACAUUUAUCAUCAGCAUUUUGACCCUGUGAUCCAACUUCAGGAGGAAGCGCAUCUCAAUACAUCUUUCAAGCACUUUAUUUUUUUUGUCCAGGAAUUCAACCUUAUUGAUAGAAGAGAACUUGCACCCCUCCAAGAACUGAUUGAAAAACUCACUUCAAAGGACAGAUAAAAGGAUGCAGACUUGCGCAAAUUGUUCCUUAAAUGAGGCUGUGUGGAGUGCAUUUGGAUUUUGUUUAUAUUUAUCUUGGUUGCUUUUGUCUUAGGUUUGGGGGGCUUGUUUGGGUUCCUUUUUCUUUAUUCUGAAUAAAUGAAACCAUAUCCUAUUGCUAGAGGAAGCCAAGAACCAUUCUCCGUACACUUGAUAGGGUAAAUUUUGUCUUAGUGGCAUACAGUAUUUUUUUUUUUUAAUUUGGGGAAUUUUUGAUAAUAUUAGAGGCAGAGAGAAAAUGCUUAUUAAUUGGACUGCUGAUGGAUGGCGGUUCUCCAUUGUGUAAAUUGUGGCUGAUUUUUGAAGUCCCCAAAAAUGUUAUGUUUUUAAGUGCCUUGGCAGGCUCACUUCUGAGGUGCAAAGCACAGACAUGGAACUGAACAGGGCUUGAAACAAUAUUAGGAUUACUCUCCAGGGCACUUACUGGUGCAUGUUUUAAAAUACCUAUUGAUAAAAGCCAUAGCUUACCUAAAUUGGUGAUCUCCAGCUUUUACAACAUUAAAGAAACACAGUUUGUAAAGGUUUGCAUGUAGAGCACAAAAAAUUAGUAUUUCUUAAUUAUUUUUGAUAUUGAUAGUAGUUCUGUUCAACAGAUGCUUAAAGUUCUACAAGCAGGUCUUUUCCAUCUCUUGAUAUCUGUGAUAUUGAAACUUGAAGAUGUUGAAAUGUAAUACCUUUUACAUUUUGGCUUCUUUCUACAUGUUAACUGCACUGUAGGUGUAAAAAUUCAGGUUAUAUAUAGGCUUGCCAUCUUCAGAGGUGAUGCUGAACUGUGAGGUUUCUUAGCAAUUGCCAAAUGAGCCAUAAGUCUGCAGAAUCCCCUUCUACUUUGAAGAGGAGGGGAUAGGAGUGUGUGUUUGGUUGGGGGUGGGGGGGUUAGUUUGUAUGGGGUGUUAAGUAUGGGGAGUCAAGUUCAAGAAAGUCUUGUCUCAAAACCCUUGAAUGGCAUGAAGAUUUUAAUCAAUAUCUUAUAAACACAGUCUUAGAGACUCUCCUUUUAGAAAUGAACUUCCAUGAGAAGUUAAAAAUAAAUUAUUAAUUUUAGAUAUAGACUUAAACUUUGAAUUUAAGAACUAUUUGGGGAAAUUGAUCACUUUUCAGCAUUUCCAUUCAGUGAAUGGAGCUGGUGUUUGCCUGUCAUUUUAAAAUGAUGCAGUACCUUCUUUGCUUAUUAUAAGCCCAACUUGAAGCAUUCUGACUUCUGAUUUUUUCCACUGUGAAAGGAAAUCUUUCUCUUUAUGGCGGUAUCAAACAAUGAAAGUGCUAAAUUAGUAGUUAUUAACUUUUACUUUUUUUAUGACAUUCUAGCAAACUAUUCCCAUAAGUAAAAAAUUCAGAAACUUAAUUUUUUAAAACAUUAACAUUUUCCACCUCAGUUCUAUUCUUGAGAAAUAUCCUUUUUAGACUUCCAGUUUUAAUUUUGUCAUAUCUGGUAAAUGUUUCCUUCUGUUAGAAGUAUAUAUUCUUCCUUCACUAAGAAAUGUAUGCCUUUUUCCUUGUAGAAUAGAAAUCUUGCUCUGAAAUUGUAUAGACUAAAAACAUAGUAGAAAAUCUAGAAUGAAAUCAAUUUGUUUUGGCCAUUAGCAAGUAGAUUAGUGAUACAGUUUAAUGCCGUUAUAAUUAUGAUCACUAGGAACUGCCUUUUUCUCCAUUUCAUUUCUCGCAAUCAGUCUCCAAGUACGAAUGGGGGAAGUAAAAGGAGAGCCUAGUAGAGGCAAAUAUGUUGGACAUUCAUUGGUAAUACUUAUUUGUAAACUGCAGUGAGAACUAGCUGAUUUCCUUAGAAGAAAUCUUUUAGUAUUCAGAUAUAUAAUUCAGCCACUGUGAGUUGAUUCAGAAAUGAAUUUUGGUGUUUAGUGAUUUGGGGUCCUGUCUACUUAGCAAAGUGAAGCAUGUAACUAUUCCAGUAGUCUUCCAUAUACUUUAUUUGACUUCAUACCAACCUAGUAACAGAGGGGUUGCAAUAGCCAAGUGUGGAGAGAAAAGUGAAAAAUUGUUUUUGUUUAUUUAAGCCUUAUACAGUAGUACACUGUACCAAUGUUAAUUAAAAUUAUUUUAAAUUAAGGUUUAGUCAUAGCGCUUUCUUUUCCACUCUUUGUAGAUAGAAGUUUCUUGUCACUGUGCCAGAAUCUCAGGUGCCUGCUUCUAAAUAUUCCUUUAAACAGAGGUAUUGGGAAGUAAGGAGAUAUGUUUGUGUAUAUACGGUAGUAACAAAGUAGAGACAUUCUCCCAGGGAGAGGCCUGGCAUUGUACACAGUGUUACAUGGCUGCAAGUAAGGAAACACCAGAGCACGUGAGAAAUAACUGAUAGAGUAAAAAGUUGCUUUGCUUCAGUUGGUUCCUGUGAGCAGGUGUUAGUAAAAUGCCUUUUAUAAAAUAAGGAUCAAAAAUCUUAGUUUUGCAUUAGAGUUUGCUUAUAAAUGUCUAUUGGAGGAGUUCCUGUCAUGGCACGGCGGAAACGAAUCUGACUAGGAACCAUGAGGUGGUGGGUUUGAUCCUUGGCCUUGCUCAGUGGGUUAAGGAUCCGGCGUUGCCAUGAGCUGUGGUGUAGGUCAGCAGCUGCAGCUCCGAUUAGACCCCUAGCCUGGGAACCUCCAUAUGCCAUGGGCAUGGCCCUAAAAAGACAGAAGACAAAAAAAAAAAAAAGUCUAUUGGAUUCUUUCUACAUCUCUUAAUUAUAAAUAACCAGGAUAAUGGUCAUCCCCUCCCCACCCCCCUGCUCUUCAUGCAGAGAUAUAAAGUAGAACUGGUUUUCUCAUCCACUGGUGAAAGCAUGGAAUAUAAAGUAGUAAGUUAACAUAGUUUUAUUGUCACAAUGCUUUGGUUAAGUGUUGAUGUGAAGCAUGUUUUAGGAAUUGAAAUGAUGGAGUAAUGGGUGUAGAGAGAAAUUAAUUAUAGAAAGAGUGAAAAUCUUUUCAUUGGCUGUAGAUGGUGCUACUGGCUUUUAUCUGCUGGCUUGAUUAUUCUGUUUCCCAUAAAAACCAUAGCAUCAGGCUGCACUGAAAUAGUAAGUAUGUGUUAGCUGGUAGAGGCUUUGGAGGUCAUUUUAUCUUAAAUUGAAAGAUUUUUAGAUUACUAUCUCUUCCUACCUUUGUCAUUUGUAAAUGCUAAAUGGUGAACAUAAAAUUAGGUAGGAAAGGACAUAUUUAGUGUAUAAUAAGUAUGUUGAAACCUGAGUUUCUGCCUGGCUUAUCAGGAAAGAUAAAACACUAUAAUCUCUUAUAUUCAGGAAUUACAGAUAAUGUGGAUAUUUAUAUUUUACACAUGAUCACCGCACUCCAUUUUAUGUAUUAGCAUUUUCCUUGCUUAUGGGAAAAUAGAAAAACGACAGACUUCUUUUAUACCUUUGUCUACACCCUCUCCAAGAGAGGUUUUACUAACCACUGAAAUGGUAACAUAUGUGAGAUACAAUUAUUAAGUUGUAGGACUUUCUUUUAAAAUAAAUUUGUCAUACCUUAAACAUCCAAUUGAGAAGUGAUCUUCAGAGUGGUUUCUUUGGGAGCACUACUUAUUCCAGCUGUGCCGCAAAGGUUUGAUGUUCCUGGGAUGCUUUCAGAGAUGCUUGAGAAUCAGUGGGUGACUAUGCAAGAAAAUCUAUUUCAUCAUUUUAGUUGCACUGAAAAAUUUCUCUGGAAGCUUAAUCUGACCUAUAUCAUUGGAGUUCCCGUCAUGGCUCGGUGGAAACAAAUCUAUUAUCCAUGAGGAUGCAGGCUCGAUCCCUGGCCUUGCUCAGUGGGUUGAGGAUCUGGCGUUGCUGUGAGCUGUGGUAUAGGUUUCAGAUACGGCUUGGAUCCCAUGUUGCUGUGUCUGUGGCGUAGACUGGCAGCUACAGCUCCUAUUCAUCCCCUAGCCUGGGAACCUCCAUAUGCCGUGGUUGUGGCCUAAAAAGACAAAAGCCAAAAAAUGAAAUAAAAUAAUGACCUAGAUUAUUCAUCAAAAUGACUUUGGUUGUUUUCUUAGAACUAAACUAUUAAAGAAGUUCAAAAGAAUAUGCCAUAGGCUCUGAAUUUGCAGAAAAGAAUGUUUUGAGCAUUGAUUUGUAACAUCUUUUUUUUGACCAUACCAGCGGCAUGAAGUUCCAUAGCCAUGGAUGGAACCUGCGCCUCAGCAGUGACAAGCCAGAUCUUUAACUUGCUGAGCCACAAGGGAAUUCCUGUAGCAUCAUUUAAUAAAGGAAUAGUUUCCUGAUGUGACUACUUUGAAGUAGACAGUAUCAUUUGGAUGUGUUAUUUUAUUUUAUUUUUUAAAUAUAGUUUAUCUUACAGCUAUAUUUAAUAAUUUAAAAAAAUCAAAGUCUUUUUCUUAUUUUCUAAUUUUGGUUCCUUUCCCUGAUAACUUUUGGAUUAUAUUUUGACUGCUGUAGGGUAGUUUUGAUUGAAGGGGUAAUUUAAAAAAAAUUAAUGGAUCCAAUAUUUAAGAUAGAAGUAGCUUAAAAAAACAGCCUUUUAUCUCCAUCCUUUUUUUUUUAAACUUAUUUUUACUCAAAUGAACAAUUUGAAUUUAAAUACUGGAGAUCAUUGUACAAAGAAAUUAGAAUAACUUUUAUAUUAACUAUGCUGAAUUUAAGUCUGUGUAUCACAGAUAAAAUAUUUCAAAUUGUAUAAUCAUUUCAUAGGUCAUUUAUAACUUUAACAUUUUCAAUCUUUUUUUAAAAGAUAUAGACAAGAAGUGUAUUUGAAAAUGUCACUGCAUACCAAGAGGAAAACUUAUUUUAAAACUUAUCUGGGAUAUUAAAGAAUAUACCAUUUCCUAGAAACACUACUCUAGAUCUGUACUUUAAGGACCACUCCUAAAAUAAUUUAAAUAUCAGAGUUUUGUCAUAAUGUUAAGUUUUAUCAUAGGAAUUACUAUUUUUCAGCUAUCCGUUUAAGCUGUUUAGAGGUAAAGCUAUUUCAAGAUUUAAUGGAAAAAUUUAAUUUUAAGAUGUAGUAACAAUUGUGACUGCAGACAGUUUGAAUUUUUGAGGCUCUCCUAAUGAGGUUAUCAUAGAGAAAAAUUCAUUUUGAAGGUGUAAAACUGUGCUCUGUGUCCGCCACUUGUAGCUGAACGGAUACUUAAAUUUUGACAAAAGAGAAAAUACAGACUGAAAUACUGAGUAUUCUCAGUUUUGCAAGUGUGAUAUGGAUUUCCUUUUCUGCAUAUAAUAGAAAAAUUGAAGAAUUCUCAAAGAUAGUGAAAUCCCUAGCCUUUCCAAGCUGUAUAUUUACCUGUCAUCUCCUUCUCCAUAAAUUACUUCCUUUCAGUAAUGACUUUCCCGACCUCUCCCUCCCCCCAACCUCCCAUCCCCCCAAUAGGUGGAAAAUAAAACAGGUUGAUUAUGUAGGUCCUCACUGUUAGUGAUUGUAAAGUAAUUGUUGUCAAUACAUAGGUUGCAGCUGAAGUGUUGGAAAGAUAUAACUUACAAAAGCAUUUUUGGUUUGUGUCAGUUGACAGCUUCCUUUAAGCUGUGUCACUGAAGCUAAGGUUAUUAGUGAUAUGUUUAAAUUUUUUAUUAAUAUUUAAUUUGUUAUAUAUUCUUAAUUGUGUGUUUCUUAGAGGUUUGCACAUGUUUUCAUUUUUAUUUCGUUUACUUAAUUGUGCAGGUUGUAAAAUAGAUUGGCGCAUUUUCAUUCUAAGAACACUUUUCUCCUUAAAACUACUCUGCAGAGAUAACUAUUUUUAGGGGAAGUGGUUUUUUUUUACAGGCACUAAAUUGUAUUUGUUAUUUUUGUACACACAUAACUAGGGUGGUCAGGGCACCAAGCUUGUAAGGAAAACUUAACUUUUCUUUCAUUUGAACUUUUCCUAUACAUUACAACUUAAAAUUAUCUAGAAACAGCAUCAUGAAAUCUAGGUUGAGAGAGAAUACAGUAUACAUGGGACUACUUCAGGUUUUAGUAGAAUCAUUUCUGAGGACAAAACCUGAAGAAUACUGCCAGUGCCGUAAACGGAAGCGUGAGGCCGAGUUCACACUGGCCACGUGCUGUGGAGGACGAGUAAAGACAGGCUCCUGCUCUUAUGGAGACAGACAGCUUCCCGCUAUAUCAGAGUAGCUGAAAGAGGGAAAAAUGGUCUGAGACAUGAGAUGCAACAUGGGCGCUACAUUGUAAACUGUGCCGAGAUGACUCGAAUUGUAAUUAUUAUUGAUCACACUUCAUCAUUUUUGUUUUAACAGGGGAUACUGAAUGUUAGAAAAUCUGCAAUAUGUUUUAAUUGAGAGAUGUAAAUAAUGUAUACAGACUUCUAUGUGAUGGCAUUGGAAAUAUUUAAAUUCUAGGGUUUUUUUUAAAGGGAGAAACAAUGUUUAUUUAAAAAAAUAAUAAAUAGUUUCAUUUGGCCAUGAA